CACAACACCUGUUAUACAAACGGCUUUGUAUUGCUGAUUUCCCGUCUACGAUUCUCCAGUCAACGCAGUCCUACUGGAAGACGAAUUCAUAUAAGUUUAUACGUUAUCAUAUACUUGUGGUUUCACUACAGCAAACUACAUAUGUCAAUGAUCUCAGGACGAACGCUAAGAACACGAUGGCUAAAAUCCAUCAUAAUAUACUGUUUCAUCAUCUAUAUCUUCCUUUCGGUCGACUACACGCUAUUCUCGAGGCAAAAGCAUCACGGCCGACAUCACGGAACAUCGUCUCGACAUCAUCAUAAGGCUCAUGAAGCCAAGCGGCCUCACCGCCACAAGCCCCUCCGCCGCGCCAACGUCCUCGUGCUGAGUUCCAUGGGCCGCAGCGGGUCCAACUUCCUCGCCGAGAUCCUGGCUUCACGGGGCCGGAACAUGUACUUGAUCGAGCCCAUCCGAAGCCUCCCGAAGAGGCAGAAGGUAGACGAACACUCAAUACGCGAGGAACUCAGGAGCUGCUUCCGCUGCGACCUGCGGCAGGAGUUUCUCCACUUCGGGGACAAGCCUUCCACUUCGGUCCGGCACCCGACCAUCGCCAAGAAGGACUUCGCAAGCGUCGAUCUAGAAGCGAUCAAAGGGCAUUGUAGGAAGGAACCCACCAGGAUCGUCAAGACUAUUAGGACUCGCUUGGCUUGGGCGACGGAGCUGCUGCAGGAGGACCCGAGCUUGAAGGUGGUCCAUCUGGUGAGGGAUCCGCGAGGUUCCCUGAGGUCCGCGGCGAAGGUGAAGUGGCAGCUGGACCCGAAGGAGACUUGCUCGCAGAUCAUGGAGGAUCUCGAAACUCGCAAAGAAAUGGAAAAAAAAUAUCCGAACAGGUACCUCUUCGUCAAGUAUGAAGAUUUGUCUCAAGAUGUUUACAAAAAGACGGUCGAAAUCUUUAGUUUCUUAAGAGGCAAAUCCGUCCACCUGCCGAAGAGAGUUAAAAAAUAUCUUUGGAAACACACCAAGAACACUCAUAAGGGAAAGAAAUCGUUCGGAACUCAUCGCGUGUCUGAAAAGAUAUUCCAGCAUUGGCGAAGUUCCAUAUCCGAAGCCGAACUGAACACUUACGAAGCCGCCUGUGGUGAUGUCAUUCACGCCUUGGGACACAGGAUGUUCGGAAGCGAGAAAAGGGCGCGAGAUUUGUCGUUGUCUUUAGUCGGUGAUAUUUAAGUUUCUCUUGUUUUGGUAAAUUGUGUAGGACCGUUAUUUUCUUGUAUUUGUUGUUGUUUUUGUGUUUUUUUU